AUGGAACUCGCCCCGAUAUUCAAGAAAGCCUACUGGUUCCUGGCUUGUGCGGGCCUCGUAUAUGUCCUGGGUGUAUUUUCAUUGACAUACACUUCUAUUCAACGAGCGACACUCUAUAUGCACAAGCUCAACCCUACAUAUAUCCAGGAUGUCAAUGAUGCGGAGUAUUUUGGAUUCUUAAAAUCCCAGGUCCAGCCUUUCAAUAUUCGCACCCCGGAUAAUGAGAACCUAUACGCAUGGCACAUCCUCCCUCCAUAUCUAUGCAAAAAAUAUGAAGAAUUGCUUCUUGCCAAUGCUUCUUCCGGCCCUGCAGAAGAUGUGACCAAGACCAUGACGUUCAAACUGUUGGCUGAAGAUCCCAACGCAAGAGUGGUUAUUAACCUCCAUGGAAAUGCUGCUCAUAUUGCAAGCGGCUAUCGUCCCCAAAUAUAUCGUAGCUUCCUCGGAGCAUCUACUCCAGAGCAUCCCGUACACGUUAUCGCAUUCGACUAUCGCGGCUUCGGCCUAUCCACGGGGUCACCGACCGAAGAUGGGUUGAUAACCGACUCUCUCGCAGUGAUCAACUUCCUCACCUCGCCACCGCUUUCCAUUCACCCAUCCCGCAUCGCCAUUGCAGGGCAAAGCCUUGGAACCGCAGUCGCAGCCGGCGUCGCUGAACGAUACACAUUCGGUAACCCUUCAUCGGUACCAGACCCACUUGCAGGUUAUGUCUUAUUUGGGGCUUUCGCAGACCUACGAACACUCAUUGCCUCCUACAGCCCUAUGGGAAUCUUCCCUCCCUUACUCUCAGCAUUAUUACCAUAUCCCAAGUUUCAAAACUACAUCCUGAGCCACAUGGUAGAUUCAUGGGACUCUGCAUCUCGCUUUGGACGCCUGACUGGCGUCAAUCCUCAGCCCGGCGAUGCUAAUUCUGCCCGUGCAAACCAAGAUUUUAAUCUUGCAAUAGUCCAUGCCGCGAAUGAUUUUGAGAUCCCGUGGCAGGAUGGAAUGCUAUUGUAUGAGUCUGUUGUGGGAGGCCACAAUCCUAAUGCACUAGGAAACCAUGUGCAAGACUAUGCAUCAAGUGAUGGCGUUGUUCAGGUGAAGGUCUGGGAGAGAGAACUUGAAGCAAAGACUGUUGUGAGGAGGGUCAAAAGAGUACGGUGGGAACGAGUCCGAUAUGGAGGACACAACCAAGUUGCCGCAACCGCUGGAGCUACUGUCGCAAUCAUGCGAAUUUUCGAUAAAUAG